UGGUAGUGCAAACCCUCGGCGCAUUGUGACGCGCACGCGUAAGUAAACGCAUGCGCCGUACCACUAAUUGAUGGGCUGGGUUUAGCUUUAGCUGUUACUCGUGGUCUCUUGCCAGCUCGCGCAGAUAGCAUGCGAGAGGCAAUACACGCCCUGUGUUGCAUCUUCUGGUGCCUCCGAAGUACGCAGAGCACGCGGAUCGUCCAACUGUGCUUUGCAACGGAGCAGUUUCAGAGAAAACCGUUCGAAAUUUCUGACCUU